AUGGACGAAAGUGAUAGCGACGACGAACAACAAAACCAAGAGUAUGCUGAAGAAACUAACAUUAAAAACGAACAAGAAAUUUUGGAAGUCGAACGUGGCAUUGAAAGUUUAGAAAUUGACAGACAUUCAACGAAAGAUGAGUUAGAUCGGUUGCAAACAAAAAUCGAUGAUCUAAUAAGGAAAGCAAAAGAAAAUGAAAAUGAACUGAAGCAAUUAGAAGAAGAUCUGAAACGGAUGCAGGCUGAAUUGGAGAGAAUCGAAAAAGAGUUGGAUAAUCUUCGCCAUGAGCAAGAACGUUUGCAAGACGAACGUCAAUGUCAAGAGCAAGAACGUGAUCGGUUACAGCAGCAGUUAGAUCAAGAACAAGAACGACUAGAUGAGUUGAAAGACCAAGUGCAAGAAUUGGAAGAUGAGAAACAACAACUGGAGGAGCAGCGAGAACAACUCGAAGAGCAAAAACAACAAAUUGAACAGAAAAUGCAAGAGGUUGAACGUCAGCUGCAACAAUUAGAGCAAGAAUUAAAAGAACUUCAAAUGCGUGUCGAACGUUUACAGAAUGAAAUUAACCGUUUGACUGUUGAAAUAGAGCGUAUUGAAAAUAACAUUCGGGAAAUUCGUCAAGAGUUGGAUGCGAUCGAUCAAAAAAUCGAGGUGACUAAUCGAAAAAUUCUUGAUUAUCAACAACAACGAGAUAGAAUAGAAGAAGACAUGAACAAAACAGAAGAUAUGAUAAAAAGAAUUGAACAAGUUAUUGAUAUGAAAAAACAUCAAAAAAACGAUUUUAUUAAGUAUAAAGAACAACUGACGGCAGAAAAACAGCAGGCAACGCAACAGAAGCAGAAAAUUGAAGCCAAGAUUCAAAAUAUCCAUCGAGAAUCGGCUAACUUGGAGACGCAAAUAAAACAGCAGGAGCAAGAGAUGGGGCAACUUAUUCAGCAAGUGCUUAAGAAUGUUCUACAGGUGGAAAGUCUUCUCCAGAUCAUCCAACAGUUACAGUAA